CUUCUUUUCCAUCCAACCACACUCACUCUCCUUUUCUCCCUUUCUUCCUCACUCUCACAAAUUAAACAUACACAUUUUUCUCUCUUCUUCAACAAAUUAAAUCUUGUUUGUAGAAUCUUAGGACUAGGUUCUAUCAAAUCUAAACCCAACAAAACAUAAAAAUGUUGCGUACACUGGCAGCUUUGAGGCAGCACAUGAUCACUAAAAGAAAGAGCCCUAAGGUUGCUGAUGAGACCAUGUUUAGCAACAUUAGCAUGGAUGCUUCUGGCAUGCCUAUAUAUGGCGCUCCUCAUGACAUCAACCGAAGCACAAGCUCGCGGCACGCUUCGAACGGGCUUUCAGUUAUUUCUACCAUCUUUCGCAUACCGUUUUCCAUCCUUUCUUGCUUCUCGCAGCACCAUGGCAACGCAAGUGAUGCGAUAUGGGUAUCUGGAGAUAUGGUCAGAAGUACUUCAGAGAUUGAUCAUCUUAUGAUAUGUGACAGUAUGCGUUAUGCAAUUUUGAUGUAAAAAUUUAUACAAUUAGAACACCUUUUUUUUUCUUUUUAAUUUAUUAGUGGAUCAAUAGUAGAGGAGUGGGGAUUUAAAAAAAAAAAACAAAUGACAAUAUACACGAGUACAUGUAAAAACUAAGAAGUAUUAUAAACUGCUGGUUGGUGUAUGUAGUCUCUGUAUAUUCUUCUAGCUCAUGAUCUUGGAUAAUAAUUAAGGUACUUUGUUUCUAUUUUCUUUA